AUGCUCCUCUCCGAUUUAGUCAUAUCGAAACGCGGGCCGCUGGCCAAGAUCUGGCUGAGCGCGCAUCACGAGCGCAAGCUCACAAAGCAGCAGACAAUUGGUAUCGACAUUGAGGACAGUUGCGAGGCGAUCCUGGGCACACCGGAUGACUACCCUAUCGCACUCCGGAUCAGUGGGCAGCUCAUGCUCGGCGUCACCCGCAUUUACGGUCGACAGGCCCAGUACCUCCUCGAAGACUGCCGUGACACGCGUGAGAGAAUCACGGCCUUCCUACCUGGUCUUGUCGAUCUGCCAGAGGACCAGAUGCGCGCGCCCAACGCCGCUAUCACCCUUCCCCGAUUGUCGGACGCAACGAUGGCCGCCGGCACUAUGGACCUCUGGGACUGGAGUGGGUUCGUCUACGAGCCCACCGGAAUGUACACUGCGCCGCUCACGAGGACCAACCUCCCCGCAACGCGCGAGUACGGCGCGUUCAACUUCGGUCGACCGCGCACUCUGAGCAUCUACGGCGAGUCAAGGAGUGCGUCGCUUGAGGCAGACGUCACGAGUAAGCUGGAUAGUAACGAAGUGUUCGCUCCGAUGGAACUGGCCAUUGAUACCUUGGACUUUGACGUGAGCAUGGAGGUCGGGCGCGACGGACAAGACCACAGGCGGCGAUCCUCCCCGACCCAUCUCCCAGAGCCAGGCGAGCGCAUGGACGUUGACCUCGACUUUAGCUUGGGUACUAUCGACCUCGAGCUCGAGGAACUCCCGCCGUUAAUAGAGCACCGAUCGUCCUCGCCCGCAUCCUCGGCACUCACAACGCCGCCGCCCGAGUCUCCAACACCCAUUCCCGUAUCCCCCGGCACCGCUAAGCGCCUCGCUGCCAUCGCCAAUAGAGGUAAACGGGUGCGCGUACUGCGGCCAGACCACGAGCUCGAACUCCCCGACCAGGCGUUCUCGGACGAGGCUGCGCAGGGACACCAAGAGGUGCCAUUGUACCUCCCAAACGACGCGACCGCACAUGCGAGAGCGGCCGCGGCCGAUUCAGACAAUUUCAUCCCCAUCUACCGGGAGGAUGGAGAGCGCUUUAUCAUGGCCGGUCCCAGUUAUCUUCCGCCAGCGCUGGAGGGGCUUUUCACGUUCCCCCUGCACCAUCUCCGUCGUAGGAGAGAGGAGGGGCCAGAGGGAGGGAGGGAAGAGUCGCCGAAAUAUCCACGCCUGGAGUCGGAGGAGUUUGACAUUGAGGUCGGACGCAGGCGCAGCCACACACGAACACCGGCUAUGCCGAGCAUGAUCGGGGACAUUGGCCUCGAGCCUCUCGACGUCGACCUGAGUAUACUUGGGGGAGACACCUUCGGUCUGCCCGAGUAUCACCCCGACGUGACGUUUGGAACUCCUCAAAGCCGGAUCUCGCGACGCCCGUCCCUGGCCCCAAGCCGCGCCGAGAGCAUCGCUCGCGCCGUGCAGGAGCACGAGACUGAGGGUCCUCCACUUGCCAUCUUCGAUGGCGGCGAGAGCGCCCAGGGAUCACAGUUUGGCAAGGACACGGGCGGGUUCAGCAAGACGACCGGCAUGGCGAUGGGCGUGCUCCGCCGCGAGAUUGAGGCGAUCGAGUCAACACUGGGCGAAGGAGAGGGCGUGUCAUUCACCAGAGUUGCUAGAGGGGCGACCAAGCGCGGGGCAUCACAGUUCUUCUUCGAGCUCCUUGUGCUAGGGACGCGGGAUGCCGUGGGCUUGAAGCAGGAGAGGCCAUAUGGCGACAUCGAGGUCGUUCCUAGGCCAAAACUGUGGGAGACAGGGGCGAGGGGAACAGUAGUUGCGUCGCCGUCAGUGUCGGAGCCAGUGUCGGAGGUAUAG